CAAUAAUUAAUAAGCAGAAUAUUCCUUACGAUUCUCGCGAUUCUCCAAUUUUGUUCCAGUGAAUGUCUUUUAAUUUCUGUCAAACAUAAUUUCUGUUUUAAGUCAAGUCAAAACUUAGAGCACAUUAUUAAGGACAAUGGAAAACGUAGAUGGAAAUGUCGCUUCGUCUUCUGCCUUACGUGAAGACCUUGUGAGGACGGCUGUGCAGUUUUUGACAAAUCCCAAAGUGAAAGACAGCUCAAAGGAUCACAAAGAGGCAUUUUUAAAGAAAAAAGGACUGACUGACGCAGAAAUUUCUGCCGCAUUUCAAAGGUCACUAACAGCAUCGUUUGAACCAACUGUGCCACAACUCCCAGUAGCUCUUCCUCCCCAGUACUAUGGCCCUCCUCAGCAGCUCAUCGUGCAGCAGUCCUUCUGGUCCAGCUGGUGGAACGUUACCAGGGCUGUCAUAGUCAUUGGUGGAUUCUCUUGUAGCCUGUAUUAUCUUUUCGACAAAUACCUUGGACCUGCAUUGUUUGGCAAAAGAGACGAGCUCGUCAAGGUGGAGAAGAGCUUGGAUUCUCUGGAGCGAAAAGUGAAUGAGGCUCUUGUGUCCCUCGCGCAGGUGACAUUAACGUUGGAGAAGCAACAAUACGAACUUGCCAAGUUGACUGAAGAGGCAAAGAGUGAUUCAAACGGCAGUGCAGUAGCUAAAAUCGAGUCUGAAAUCGCCAGCUUGAAGGGAAUCCUUCUCAGCAGGAAACAGUUUCCCAUUCGGCCCAGUGGAACAAGUGGCAUUCCUGCAUGGCAGAUGAAGUCCAAAGAUGAAGAUAUCCCUUCUAAGGACCCCAGUCCAGCAAGCAAUGGAACCAGCAGCCCGGAGUUGGUGGAGGCUCUUGAGGCGUCAGACUCGCCCGGAGAACAAAUUCAUUCCGACUAGACAAGAUAUCAGUAGCUCUGUGAUCUCUUUUUGUUCCCUAGCCAAAUGCUAGUUAUUUGUUCACCUUUCGCUUCCUGGAUGCAAGGACCUUUUUUACGAAUGAGAAUUUGUGGCCUGUUCAAUGUUAAUUUGUUUAUAUUUAAAAUAAAAAGCAAUUAUUGUUUA